CUUCCCGGGAGCUCUAUCAGCCAAAACCCUCGACGACGACGACGGCGAGCUCCGAUGAUGGCGGCGCUGAGGUCUUCGUUCUCUUCGAUCCGGAUGCAGCCAUGGACGCAUCUAGGGCUUCUUCGCUCCGCAUUCUGCUCUUCAUCCUCUUCGUCUUUUGGCCAGAAAGGGUUUCUCGAUCUCGAGGAGGUGGAGAAGAUCCUGAGCGACGUCAAGGCCGAUGAUGUUAGGGUUAUCCCUGUCGGCGACCAGUGCGAAUGGACGGACUACAUGGUUGUCGCCACCGGCCGUUCGGCUUGGCAUGUCCGGAACAUCGCUCAGGCUCUCAUCUACAAGGUGAAACAAAAGCAGAAGGGGCAGGAGCGUAUGCUGCUUCCGAGCAUUGAAGGCCAUCAAGGAGGAAAUUGGAUUGUUAUUGAUUCUGGCCGGGUGAUUGUUCACGCUUUGGAGGAGAAGGCAAGAUCUUACUACAAUCUAGAAAGUCUCUGGACAAGUGAAGCUUCUACCAGAGUACCAAAUCAGAUUCUUGAGUAUGUAAAAGGCAAAGUGCAACCCUACAAAGGAGGCAAUAUUGAGAUUUGGAGGAAGCCAUUGUCAAGCAUCGUCGGAAAAACAACUCGAAAAAACGUGUCGCUUCUUAAUAAUUAAUCAUCAUUUGAUUAAUUAUUGCUGGUCCUCAUGAAGCAGAUUUCGCAUUCAGUGUUUUGUAAUCAUGUGUCAAUGUAGCUUUCACUUGUUAAAAUCUCUUCUUGUACUGCUGCCAAGUAGCAAUGUCAUGGUUCUCUCAAACCUUUGAUUUUUUUC